UGUUGUGAAAUUCCACCAAGCUUGCAUGAUCCAUAUGCUUACUUACGGUGAUCCUGCUUCAUUGCUUCUUCUUGACAUUUAAAAGGAUGCGUUAUUAGACUUUAUCACUUAGGACUUUGGGCUUUAGACCACUUCACCUCUUCAUCAAGAUGUUCUCUGCCGUCUCCUUGUUGGCUUUUGUCACCCUCGCUUUGAACGUCGUUGCCAACCCGGUUGUCAUCGACCGCUCCCCGAUCCUCUCCAUCCCUCUCACGAAGAUUCACAAUAUCACUAGUGGACACAAUUUAGUCGCGUCUGGCCUCGCAAGAGCACAGAACUUCAAGGACCGUGCUAAGGCUCAUGAUCUUGCAGCGGUCAAGAAGAGGCAAGCAGAGCCCGUUAUCAACGAGGUUGUUUCUUACAUUGCCUCCGUGGGAGUUGGCGCGAGUGACACGCAGUACCAAUUGAUUGUUGACACGGGAAGUAGCAACACUUGGGUGGGCGCAGGUACGAAAUACGUCGCCAGUUCAACCUCCACCGACACCGGUGAUCGGGUCUCUGUCAGCUAUGGGUCCGGAGAGUUCUCUGGAACGGAGUACAUCGACAAAGUUACCCUAAGCUCUGCCCUCGUGAUCACAUCUCAAUCCAUUGGGGUAGCAUCCUCAUCUGAGGGCUUCGAGGGUACAGACGGUAUUAUAGGGAUCGGCCCCGACACUUUGACUGAGGACACCGUCAGCGGUGUCUCCACCGUGCCCACUGUCACUGAUAAUCUUUUCAGCCAAGGCACUAUUGCUGAAAAGGUUGUCGCUAUCUCCUUUGAACCUACCACUACGGAUGAAGUAACAAAUGGUGAACUGUUCUUUGGUGGUACUGACAGCUCCAAAUUUACUGGGGCCAUUACCUAUACAACCAAGUCUGGUGAUUACUGGGGUAUCACCCAGACUGUGACUUAUGGUUCGACAACCAUUCAGUCGUCGUUGUCUGGAAUCGUCGAUACAGGCACUACCCUCCUUUACCUUGAGGAGACUGGUUUCAACAAGUACAUCAAGGCUACCGGAGCAACUUUAGAUAACGCGACAGGUCUUUACAAGAUCACCACAGCCCAGUACAAUGCUCUUGAGAAUCUUGUUUUCACGAUUGGCGGUACCGAAUUUUCCUUGACCCCUAAUGCUCAAAUCUGGCCAAGAUCCUUGAACACUGCUAUUGGGGGAAGCGCAAGCAGUAUUUACCUUGUUGUUGCUGACCUUGGUGCUGAUGAAGCCGGCUUUGACUUUAUCGAUGGCUAUGUUUUCCUUGAGAGAUUUUACAGUGUUUUCGACACGACGAACAGUAGAGUAGGAUUUGCUACCACCUCCUUCACGACUGCGACCACGAACUAAACAAUGUCCUCCCUUUGGUUGUAAAACGAUGUAGAUGUGGUUUGACGAGAGUUUGGUUU